UCCACCACUUCGCACCCACAUCGACCGGACCCUCCUCCCGACCUCUUCCCAUUCCUUUGCCAUCAACGGCCGGCCGGCGAAACUUUCUUCAGCGGCGAACGCAAUCCGGCAGAUCCGGGUUUGGUCGGAGGUGGGCAUUCGGAGGGUGUCGACGAGUUUGGGGCGAGCGACAGCGAGGAUUAAGUAUUGCUGUACAUUUAGAUGGAAGGAGCAACUGGCAGAGCAGGUAGUGAAGUGUUCCUGUCAAACUACAAGCUUGGGAAGACACUUGGAAUUGGUUCAUUUGGUAAAGUGAAAAUAGCAGAGCAUGUUUUGACAGGGCACAAGGUCGCUAUAAAAAUUCUCAACCGUCGAAAGAUAAAAAAUAUGGAAAUGGAGGAGAAAGUGAGAAGGGAAAUUAAAAUUCUACGGCUGUUCAUGCACCCUCAUAUCAUACGCCUUUAUGAAGUUAUAGAGACACAGUCAGAUAUCUUUGUUGUUAUGGAGUAUGUGAAGUCUGGUGAGCUGUUUGAUUAUAUUGUGGAGAAAGGUAGACUGCAAGAGGAUGAAGGUCGUGCAUUCUUUCAGCAGAUUAUUUCUGGUGUGGAGUACUGCCACAGAAACAUGGUGGUUCACAGAGACCUUAAGCCUGAAAAUAUUCUCCUCGAUUCAAAAUGCAAUGUAAAAAUUGCUGACUUUGGCUUAAGCAAUAUUAUGCGAGACGGCCAUUUCCUGAAGACCAGCUGUGGCAGUCCAAAUUAUGCAGCUCCUGAGGUAAUAUCUGGAAAACUUUAUGCUGGACCAGAAGUAGAUGUUUGGAGCUGUGGUGUAAUAUUGUAUGCCCUGCUCUGUGGGUCCCUUCCCUUUGAUGAUGAAAACAUCCCAAACCUUUUCAAGAAAAUAAAAGGUGGGAUAUAUACAUUGCCGAGCCAUUUGUCAGUUGGUGCGAGGGACUUGAUUCCAAGGAUGCUUGUUGUUGAUCCAAUGAAACGGAUAACAAUUCCUGAGAUUCGUCAACAUCCAUGGUUCCAAGCUCACCUUCCACGCUAUUUGGCUGUUCCACCACCAGAUACAUUGCAACAGGCAAAGAAGAUUGAUGAUGACAUCUUGCAAGAGGUGGUUAACAUGGGUUUUGACAGGAGCCAGUUGAUUGAAUCUCUCCGCAAUAGAGCACAAAAUGAGGCAACUGUUGCAUACUAUUUGUUAUUGGAUAAUCGAUUCCGUGUAUCAAGUGGGUACCUGGGAGCAGAGUUCCGGGAAACAAUGGAAUGUGGAUAUGCUCGCAUGCACCCGGAUGCUGGUGCUAUAAGUGCUGGUCAUCGCUCACCUGGAUACAUGGACCACCAUCAGGGUGGUUUGAGGUCUCAAUUCUCUCCUGAGAGGAAGUGGGCUCUUGGCCUUCAGUCCCGGGCACAUCCGCGUGAGAUAAUGACAGAAGUCCUAAAGGCUUUACAAGAGUUGAAUGUUGGUUGGAAAAAGAUUGGGCACUAUAACAUGAAAUGUAGGUGGUCUCCUGGCUAUCCUAGCCAGCCUGAAAACAUACUUAACCCUCACCACAUCAGCAAUAUCUACAGUAAUGGCCCAAUAAUUGAAAGUGAUGCAGUUGACGCUGCUGCAGUAAAUGUGGUGAAGUUUGAAUUGCAGCUUUUUAAGACCCGCGAAGAGAAGUAUCUCCUUGAUCUGCAGAGAGUGCAUGGUCCUCAUUUCGCAUUCCUUGAUCUCUGUGCUGCCUUUCUGGCGCAGCUUCGUGUCCUAUGACUUUACUAUCUGACUUUUCGACUUGUAUCCAUCACUCAAGCUUCAUAUGUAUAUAUUGUUCUCCCUUUCUUUUUCAUUGCGGUUUAACAAUCUGGUCCGUCGGCCCAAAUGCAAGGCCAGGAAUAUUUUGCUAGGAUGGCCUUUUAGCGGUCGCUCUGAUGUGGCUGGUUCGAAGAUAUUUUCUUGUUACUGCCCGCCCAUUGGUGCUGUAGUGAGCCAGAUUUGAUCUAAUGAUUGAUGAAGAAAUGCUCUUGCUUCAUUGCUGCUGUAGUGAGCCAGAUUUGAUCUAGUGGUUGAUGGAGAAAUGCCAUUGCUUCACCAGUGCUUCUUAUGCCUUUCUGUGUGUGAGUUGUCUUAUUGUCUAGUCGUCUAACCAGACAAGGCAAGAAUCCAAGGGUCUACUACAAAGUCAUAGUUGUCUAACCAGACAAGGCAAGAAUCCAAGGAUCUACUACAAAGUCUUAGUUGUCACGUUGGAUGUGUUGCUGCUGAGCUUCAGCCUGAUGAAGUUGUGCAUGGUAAUGCCAGAUGAAGAUGUCAUUUUGUUUUUCUUUUUGACUCUAAGAAACUGCACGUGGGUUUACACGAUUGCCCGCCGGUGUAAAAUUGAGAAGCUUGUACUUUCACCCCAGGGUUCAUGCCUGUACUGGCUUACGCUGGGAGGUAACAUUUAGUUGAAUGGUUCAGAACUUUUUUCAUUGAA